AUGGAAGAUCAUCACCAUCCUCAAAGCCAAGACCCGAACAGUCCAACCAACGGCUCAGAUAAAAGCAAUAGUAAUACUGAACCAGCCGUAAGGUCAAGAUGGACUCCAAAGCCAGAACAAAUCCUCAUCCUUGAGUCCAUCUUCAACAGCGGAAUGGUUAACCCUCCCAAGGACGAGACCGUGAGGAUAAGGAAACUGCUCGAAAAAUUCGGCCCCGUCGGGGACGCCAACGUCUUCUACUGGUUCCAGAACCGCCGCUCGAGGUCCCGCCGCCGCCAGCGGCAGAUGCAGGCGAACCUUGAGGUCCAGCAGCGAAACCAGGCACAAGUUAUUGGUGGUACAAUUCAGUAUGAAAGCAAUAACAGCACCACUAGUACUCAGGCCAUGGCAGCUUAUCUAGCUGCUCCGGCUCCUUUUGUUUGUUCUCCUCCUCCUUAUAAUAAUCUUGCGGGUUCUUCUUCUUCAUCAUCAUCUUCAUGUGGAGUUUUGGCAGAUCAUCAUGAUCAUCAUCAUGGUGUGGACUACAAUACUAAUUUCUUUCAAGUCUCUGGUCAAAUGGGUUUUCCGCAAAUUGAGCAAAGCUCGCCUGUAACGUCUGCUUUGUACCCUCCAGAUAGCUCAAACAUGCAUUUCCAAUCCGGAUUCAUCACGGUGUUUAUCAAUGGAGUUCCAACAGAAGUCCCAAAGGGUAUAAUUGACUUGAAACCAAUGUUUGGUCAAGAUGUGAUUUUGGUGCAUUCCUCUGGAGUUCCUCUUCCAACUAAUGAGUUCGGUAUUCUAAUGCAGAGCAUGCAGCCUGGUGAAAGCUACUUCCUGGUAAGCAACCCGUCUAUUACUACA